GAGCACAUAGGAACUGAGUCACUGGUUUGCGGGGGAAACCCCAGGCCACUGACCAAUCAGCACCCGAUCCAUGCAAUUGACCGCACAUAAAAAGGGAGACUCCUGGACCCAACAGGCAACGCCAGCUCCCAAAAGCCACCGGCAGAAGGGAUAGAUCGGAGGCUAUGAAGAUGGAGAGCUCUUUCUGGGGAGUCCUGCUCUUGGUUGGGGCAGCUGCCGCAACCACCGUCUUGCCUCCUGCGAAGGAACCGUUGAGCUACGAGGAUGCUGCGGCGCUCGCUGUCGACCUGUACAACCAAAAAGCAGAUGAAGAAUUCACCUAUCGGCUUCUGAAAGCCGCCCCUCAGCCAAACUGGGUAAGACCACCUGCGAUUUCUGCAAUCUGGUGUCCCGGAGGACAUGUUUCGGGCUGCAGCUGUGCUUUCCAGGACCAAAACAUCUGGGGGCACCAUGUUGGGGAUGGUUGGCAUGCGCCGUCAAUGUGCAUGGCACGUUCUGGGGUUUUAUAAACCAGAAGGCAGGUUUGAGAUGCUGUGGACGCACUAUAUCUUUAAAGUACAUUGACUUCCCACCAAAGCAUUCUGGGAACAGUGGUUUGUUAAGGGUGCUGGGCGUUGUCACUCUGGGAGAAGUAAGCUACAGUUCCCAGGAUUCUAUGUGGGGAGGUCAUGUGUUUUGACUGCAUGGUGUAUAUUUAGCCUAAGGCCACCUGUGCAUCUGUUUCCACCCUCCCUCUGGGAGGAAGGAAGGAAGGAAGGAAGGAAGGAAGGAAGGAAGGAAGGAAGGAAGCUGCUCAAUGUAUCUGACUCCCAUAUUCUGGUACUGCAUCCCGCACAGAAACCCAAAAGAAAAGGAUGCACUUUCCAGGUGAAAAUAUAGGCCUUUAUUGAAAGACAAAUGCCUAGGGAUAGUCUCAGAAAUAAGGAGAAGGCUGCAAAGAACAAACAUGCGAAGCAAUGUUUUUUAUACACUUCCAGAUUACAGCGGAACCUUGGUUUUUGAGCGUCUCAGAAGCCGAAUAAUUCGGAACCCAAACGCCAAAAACCUGGAAAAAACCUGCUUCUGUUUUCGAACCUGCCUCAAAAGUCUAAUGGCUUCCAAGGCUCAUUUUUCAUUUCCCCCCCACUGAUAUUGCAGACAGACCAUUGAUCCUCGGUUUUCGAACGUUUCAGAAGUAGAAGGGUCUUCCAGAACGGAUUACGUUCGAAAUCUAAGGUUCCACUGCAUACAUUUCUAUUCACCAAUCGAAGGAUCACUGCAAUCUUAGCGGUUGCGACCCAAUGUCAUUAUCCUGAACUAAUCAGAAUCACUUAACUCUUCAGAUCAGCCCUUAUCAUAAUAUCAUGUGAUUACUGUUAUAAGAAAAAACGGUUCCUUUUCCCUUAUGGGGUACCCAAGAGACCGUAUAGAGUCCUUAUCUAGGUUCUCCAUUGGUAGGAGAAAAUAACAGAGGCAAACCAGAGAAUAUUGAGAAGCAAAGCAGCUAGUAAGCUUGAUCUUUAUUGAUCUGUUGCAACAGGGUCCUCACUGACCACACGCAGGAGGGAGGAGGAACUCAGAAAAUUCGUGUGCAAGCUCUUAUAUAGACUUUUGAAAUUGCCUACCCUGUAGCUCAAGACCACCCCUCAAAACAUCAUACAUACAUCACAGAAGAGGCGGUCUACAGCAGAAUCCUGUCUGGCAGGAAACCUGUUAAUGGGUUUACCUGGGCAGCCUGGCCAUUCUUUUGUGAUGAUAAAUACUUAAUUCCUGAGUCCAGGUCACAGGCUCAUCCUAAAGGUAAAGGGACCCCUGACCAUUAGGCCCAGUCAUGAAUGACUCUGGGGUUGCAGUGCUCAUCUUACUUUACUGGCCGAGGGAGCCGGCAUACAGCUUCCGGGUCAUGUGGCCAGCAUGACUAAGCCGCUUCUGGCGAACCAGAGCAGCGCAUGGAAAUGCCAUUUACCUUCCCGUCGGAAUGGUACCUACUGAUCUACUUGCACUUUGACGUGCUUUCGAACUGCUAGGUUGGCAGGAGCAGGGACCGAGCAACGGGAGCUCAUCCCGUCGUGGGGAUUCAAACUGCUGACCUUCUGAUUGGCAAGCCCAAGAGGCUCAGUGGUUUAGACCACAGCACCACCCGCUUACCACAGGCUCACCCUAUUCAUACCCAAAUGUGCCCUUAAGGCAGGAUUUGUGAGCUCAGAGACAAUGGGGAAGCUUUUCCCAUUUCCAUCCAAAGUGCAGCGGAAUAUUUGAGGUCACUGAAAGAGUCAAAAUGGCUUUAGGACUGUUUUCCUGUACUGUUUUCAGACAUGUGGUUUCUAUAUUUAUGUAUAUGUAUGCCUGGUACAUUUAUGAACAUUUAUUUUAAAUCGUAGACCUUACAAUUCUCAUAACACGCCUGCCUGAAAUCUUUGCGCGAUUGAUGCAAAUCAGGACAGCAGGUUCGGCGAUAUCAAUCGCGCUCCCCAUUAGUCGCAGGUGAGGUUUUUGCACUAUCAGCUCUGAUUUGGUUGCUCUUGUUUGCCUCAGGAUGCGAGUUCCGAUAGCGCCCAAGAGCUGAAUUUCACAAUCCAAGAAACUGAGUGCCUGGCAGAGGAGGAACGCCCCGUGAAGGAAUGCAGCUUCAGAGACGGAGGGGUAAGGCCGGGCGAAGUGGGGGUGAGGAAUCUGUUUCAGCCCACGGUUUGCAUCUGCACAUGGGCUGCUUUCUCGAGGUCACGUCCAGCAGGGUGUUCUCACAGCGGCUAUUAUGGGAUGCCCAUAAGCACAACCUGAACAUCGCAGCACCCUACCUUUCCGAAAUUCCCAGCAACUGGUAUUUUGAGGUAUAAUCCCACAGGGUUUUCUCAAGCAUCAAGACAGAGAUGCAGAGGCGUGGACUGAUCAGAAAUCAUAUCAAAAUGGCUUAAACCCAGUCAACACAAUGCUUUCAUAGAAUCAUAGAAUCAUAGAGUUGGAAGAGACCACAAGGGCCAUCGAGUCCAACCCCCUGCCAAGCAGGAAAGACCAUCAGAGCACUCCUGACAUAUGGUUGCCAAGCCUCUGCUUAAAGACCUCCAAAGAAGGAGACUCCACCACACUCCUUGGCAGCAAAUUCCACUGUCAAACAGCUCUUACUGUCAGGAAGUUCUUCCUAAUGUUUAGGUGGAAUCUUCUUUCUUGUAGUUUGGAUCCAUUGCUCCGUGUCCGCUUCUCUGGAGCAGCAGAAAACAACCUUUCUCCCUCCUCUAUGUGACAUCCUUUUAUAUAUUUGAACAUGGCUAUCAUAUCACCCCUUAACCUCCUCUUCUCCAGGCUAAACAUGCCCAGCUCCCUUAGCCGUUCCUCAUAAGGCAUCGUUUCCAGGCCUUUGACCAUUUUGGUUGCCCUCCUCUGGACACGUUCCAGUUUGUCAGUGUCCUCCUUGAACUGUGGUGCCCAGAACUGGACACAGUACUCCAGGUGAGGUCUGACCAGAGCAGAAUACAGUGGCACUAUUACUUCCCUUGAUCUAGAUGCUAUACUCCUAUUGAUGCAGCCCAGAAUUGCAUUGGCUUUUUUAGCUGCCGCGUCACACUGUUGGCUCAUGUCAAGUUUGUGGUCAACCAAGACUCCUAGAUCCUUUUCACAUGUGUCAUAGCUGGCACAAAUGGCUUGUUCCUUAUUUUUUUAUAAUUCCUCAUAGCAAUCCCACCUGAUCACUACAGCUCUGAACCUCCCAACACGCAGCUGCAUUUGAUGGCCUCUCUCUGUAAAGACUGAAAUGAAAAAGGACAUUAAGAAACUUUUCCUUGUCUUUAUACUGUACUUUCCUGGGCAACCAGCUGGGAGCUGCUGACAGCAUCCUGACACCAGCGUAGUCAUCAUUAGUCUUGUGCCAAUGUGUGGACGUACCCAGACUUGCACUGCGCACAUGUGCCACACUCACAGAUGCCACAACAAAUGUACACAUUCAGCCCAUGGACUUACCAUGCUUGCCGUCAUGUCAGUACGAAGUCACAUCUGAAGGGAGGGCCUUCUCAGUAGUGGCGCCCGCCCUGUGGAAUGCCCCCCUUUCAGAUGUGAAGGAAAUAAGUAGCUAUCUUAUCUUUAAAAGACAUCUGAAGGCAGCCCUGUUUAGGGAAGUUUUUAAUAUUUAAUGCUGUAUUGUUUUUAACACUUGAUUGGGAGCUGCCCAGAGUGGCUGGGGAAACUCAGCCAGAUGGGCGGGGUAUAAAUAAUAAAUUAUUAUUAUUAUUAAAUUAUUAUUACACACUCCUAUACUUCCUGCUCUCUCUCUCUCUCUCUCUCACACACACACACACACAGAGCACACUGGUAGGUCCCUGGGCGCCCCUGGGCACCACGUUGGUGAACCCUGUGCCAGGGUUCAAACCAGGGGCUAACUGCAUGCAAAGCUCAACCCCCAAAGAGGGAGGCUUCUCCUAGCACCAACCUUGGUUUUACCCCCCAUUUCCUCCCUUUGCAGGUGGUCAAGGAAUGCUCCGGUUUUUACUUCCUGGCUGAGAAUCCACCUGUGGCCAUUGUCACCUGUGAAGCCGUAGAGGACGAGGUAAGACAGUAUUUCGGGGCACCUUCUGAGGUGGAAGGGGUUGACGUCGUCAUGUCCUUUUAACCAAUUUGUCAUGUGUGAAAGGAAUUCCCCAUGGAUCUCACCAAAUUCCCAAACGGUCAGACACGGGAUUCGAACGCACAACCCUGAGAUUAAGAGUCUCGUGCUCUAUCAGUUGAGCUACCCCAGCUCAGCUUCAUCGUUGCUGAGUUCAUCAGAUAGACUGAAAGGGAACAAAGGCUGCAUUACCUAGUUCCUUGCAAGGUGAGGGGAAAUGGACAUAGCUAAGCCGUGCAGGCCAGCUUACUCUAUGGUCUUAACCCCUUCAUGUGUUAAUUAGACUUAAGCAAGUUGGUUAUAUGAGGCUAGUUAUCCCACAGCAUUUCAGCCAGUAGGACUGAGACUUGGCAGCAAACCAACAGCCAAGAGAAGGAGGAGUGAGAGAGAGGUAGAACCAGGCAAGCUGGCGCCCAUUUUGGUGGUCCACAGUCCACCCGCUGAGGGACGAGAUCCUAACAGGAGGCUCUUUUUCUUCUCUCCUCUGCAGCCUGAGCCCAAACGGGUGAAGCGGUCCUGGCUGAAGAAGAAGUUUAAGAAGAUCAAGAAGGGUGUCAAGAAGGGUUUCCGCAAAAUCUUCAAGGGCAAGGGAAUCAUGGUGGGAGGGACCGUCCGCUAUUGAGAUGGAGAAAUCCCGAGGAACGUGUAAAAAGCUCCUCUCUUGUCGCUUUCGCACACACUUUAUCCCAUUCCGACCUGUUCACCCUUCCUCAGAUUUUCCUUUUGCCCACCACCCUGUUGCCUUGGUAACGCUUGCCAGCCAUCACCAACCUGGUGCCCACCUGAACUUCCACCAGCCCCAGCCAUGCCGGAGGAGACACGCAGCGGCGAUGGCUGGUCCGUUCGGGAAAAUGAGGCACUGCCCAUCCAACCCGAUUCUGUCCUCCGAUGGCCUCCACCUUUCCGCCUUCCUAGUUCCACCCAGUCCAAGGGGUCUCCCUGCCUGCCAUCCUCUUCCUCGGUGUUGCCUUUGCAGAACUCACCGGAAGGAUGGAGUUGUGAUAGGAAUUUUGAGGUCUUAGAUAUAUGGUAAUGUUCAUAACCGCACAUACAUAGAUCAGCACAGGAAGACCGACCCGAAGCCAUUUUUAUUCCUAAACUGACCAAAUGUUUUCUCUGCAUGGUCAAAGUGGAAAAGCCUCCCCAUUGUCUUUUCCUUCACAAAUCCUGUCUUAAGGGUAUGUCUGUGUUGGAAUAGGGUGUGAGCCUGUGACCUGGCCCAGGAGCUAAGUAUUUAUCAUUACAAAAGACUGGCCAGGCUACCCAGGAAAUCCAAUCAAGUAACCUGCCAGACAGGAGAUAAACAACAACAGGAGAAAAACAAUAUUCAAAUUUCUGUUUUAGACCGCCUUUUCUGUGAUGUAGGUGUGAUGUAUAUGAGGGGUGGUCUUAGGUUACACCCCUUCUGUGAUGUAUGUAUGAUGUUUCUGGGGGUGGUCCUGAUCUACAGGGUGGCGAUUUCAAAAGUCUUUAUAAGGCCUUGCACACCAUUUUUCUGGGUUCCUCCUCCUCUCCUGCGUGCGAGGGGAGCACCCUGUUGCAACAGAUCAAUAAAGAUCAGGCUUACUAGCUGCUUUGCUUCUCAGUAUUCUCUGGUUGGCCUCUGUUAUUCUCUCCUACCAAUAGGGAACCCAUGUAAGGACUCUAUAUGGGCUCUUGGAUACCCCAUAAGGGAAAAGGGCAAUUUUUGUUUACAACAGAGUCAAAACUAGAAUUGGCUGCUCCAACCAUCCUUCGCUCUAGCUCCACCAGUCGUUUAGGAACACAGAAAGCUGACCUGUUUGGAUUGCACCCACUGGUCCAUCUGGUUCAGUGUUGCGUACACGGACUGGCAGCAGCGCUCCAGAAUCUCAGCCAGGGAGUGCCACUGGGAAUCAAAUCUGGGACCUUCAGCUGGGCUACAGCCCUUUCCCUCAACCAUUUAACCGGGUUCCUCUCCUGUUGUUCACCUCACUUUCCACCCAUCAGGGUCAGUGCGCACCAGUUCAGACAUGCUAGCAGAGGCUGAUGGGAGUUUUGAUAGCUCAAAACAGGUGGUUGGUGUAGACUGAUCGAACCUCUUCCUUCCUCUUCUCAAAAAAACCACUUUAUUUUGCAUGCAAAAAAUAAAAUAAAAACGCUUUGAGUAAUACUUGCAAUGUACGAAAAACGAUGGUGAAAAAGGAGUAUUUUUUUAAACAAUUCUAAACGAUGAUGUUGAUGCUUAAUGUCUGAAUUUAAAUUUGCAAUGUAAAACUCAAUAAAAAAAAUAUUUGACAUAAAAAAACCUCUU